AAACCACCCAUGUCCCGUGCACUUUUCCCACCUCGUCCAGCUAUUCACAAUAAGACUCAGCCUAGACUCCCUCUGACCAAAAACCAAGGUUUCCCAGGAGCUCCCAAGACAUCUUUUGCACCACCAGAGAGACACCUGGAAGCUAAACCUGACCCCCGCUCCAAUGAGCCUCAAUGGCCACAGUUCCCACUGGACGGAGGAAACAGUAUUAGAAAUGCUUCCUCUCAUCUCGUGGACCUCCCUCCUGCCCCCCAACUCCUGCCCACCAAAACUCCCAGUACCUCCUCUGCCACCCCUGUCCUUAACAACCCCUCUCCACCCGGGGAAAAGCAACAGGGAAAGACCCAACCCAGGGGACCUACUAGCGCCACAGUGAAGACACAUAACCCUUCCUCUGCUCUCAGCGAAUCACAGAAAGGAGCAGCACUGCUAACCCCCACCCUGGGCAGUGAGAAAGCCAAUAAUAACAACUUGGGUCAAGGCAGCCAGAGAAAUUUGAAACCCCAUGGCCCGGCCAUCACACUGAUAGGCAGGACCAUGAAGUCUCCUGCUGCCACAAACCCUCUCUUUCCCUUCACUGAUGGCUCAAGACAAGAUACCCCAUCCUCCUCCUCCUCUUCUUCCUCAUCCUCCUCCUCAUCCCUUCUUCACAGGUCUAAUAACUCAUCACAGACCUCCGGAACACCAAGGGGUCAAGGCAACCAGAGAAAUUUGAAACCCCAUGGCCCGGCCAUCACACUGAUAGGCAGGACCAUGAAGUCUCCUGCUGCCACAAACCCUCUCUUUCCCUUCACUGAUGGCUCAAGACAAGAUUCCCCUUCCUCUUCCUCAUCCCUUCUUCGUAGGGCUAAUAACUCAUCACAGACCUCCAGGACACCAGGGGCCAAUGGUAAGCAUCACAAAGGAACCGGCCUCCCCAAACCAGUCGUUUGGAACAGACUGAGAAUGGCAAACACAAACAACUCGCUGUUGGAGGACAUAAACCCUGAUGUUUUGGGCCGUUCAGGCUUCUCUUCCAUUGAGGACCAGUUCUAUGGAUCUCGUCCGUCCAUUCCUGUCAACAAAAAGACCAACCUGGUUGGCAAACCUGGUGAUAUGAACAAGCUGAAUGUCUUGAAGCAAACAGACAAGGCCUCCAUUUUGAAGAAGUUUCCAUCAGUGACGACUAAACCUGCCAAGCAAGACCGCAGACACACAACAACGACUGCACCAUCAGCCAAUGACAUCUGGUUUGAAACCUGGGAGAACUCCUCAUUAUUCAGCUCCCUACCAGCCUCUGACGUGGACGCAUUGGGAAAGAAACGUUUCGUUGCACCCCAUGUAGUCUACAAGACGGACAAGAAACCAGACGAGCCUUGUUCCAUCACCACCUCUCUCAGCUACUUCCCAGAGGAGGAGGGCGGGGAGACAAACGUGACAGCCCCGCCCAAGUCUCCGCCCUACAACCUCACCGUGGUAACGGUGGAGGGAUGCCCCUCCUUCAUCAUUCUAGACUGGGAAAAGACAGACAACGACACCACAG